AAGCCGAAUUCGUUGCAGAUAUUGGACCAUCGGCGCCGAGUUGUGGCCUCUUCGGUCCUUUGCCCGGAGGAGAGGAGUUCGCGAGGGAGUGAGGAGGACGAUUGCUAGGGUUCCGAUUAGGGUUUGGGUUCCGGUCGGCGGGAGGCGAUGGCCCGGAGUCGAUCAUCUUCUUCGGGCUGGUGGCGGUACCUCCACCCCUCCUACUACCUGAAGCGGCCCAAGCGGCUGGCCCUCGUCUUCAUCUCCUUCGUCUUCAUCACCUUCGCCGUUUGGGAUCGGCAAAGCCUAGUCCAGGAACAGGAGGCUGAGAUUUCAAAGUUGAAUGAAGAGCUGAUCCGGUUGCAAGAUCAGUUGAGGGAAGUAAAGGGGAAUUUGGGAUAUUUAGGUGAACGCAUGAUUCAUACAAAUGAUAACAAAAUCAUCAAAGAUCUUGUCGACAUUGAUCCUAUCAACGAGGAGCGUAGAGAAAAGGUGAAAGAGGCUAUGCUUCAUGCAUGGGAUUCUUAUGAAAAGUAUGCAUGGGGCCAAGAUGAACUCCAGCCACAAUCAAAGAAUGGUGUCAAUAGUUUCGGUGGUCUUGGAGCAACUCUUAUAGACUCUCUUGACACACUGUACAUAAUGGGCCUAGAAGAUGAAUUCCGAAGAGCUAGAGAAUGGGUUGCAAACUCUUUAGAUUUCAACAAGGACUAUGAAGCUAGUGUUUUUGAGACGACCAUAAGAGUUGUUGGUGGACUACUCAGUGCAUAUGAUCUAUCCGGGGAUGAAAUAUUUCUUGAGAAAGCUAAAGACAUUGCUGAUAGGUUGCUACCUGCAUGGAAUACACCAUCAGGGAUCCCUUAUAAUAGAAUCAACUUAGUUCAUGGCAAUCCACAUAAUCCUGGAUGGACCGGGGGAAACAGCAUCUUGGCAGAUUCUGGCACGGAGCAGCUUGAAUUUAUAGCUCUAUCCCAGAGGACAGGAGACCCUAAAUACCAGCAGAAGGUGGAGAAUGUAAUUAUACAACUUCAGAAGACAUUUCCAAGUGAUGGUUUGCUUCCAAUCUUCAUAAAUCCUCAUUCAGGGGCAGCAUCAUACUCAACAAUUACAUUUGGUGCUAUGGGUGAUAGCUUCUAUGAGUAUUUACUCAAAGCCUGGAUACAAGGAAACAAAACUGAAACUGUGAAGCAUUACAGAAAAAUGUGGGAAACAUCCAUGGAAGGCCUGUUAAGCUUGAUCCGGAAGACUACUCCAUCUUCUUUCACAUAUAUUUGUGAAAAAAAUGGUGGUUCUCUGUCUGACAAGAUGGAUGAACUAGCAUGCUUUGUUCCAGGCAUGUUAACCUUAGGAUCUUCGGGUUAUGGCCCAGAGAAGGCAGAAAAAUUUUUAUCGCUUGCCAAGGAGCUUUCUUGGACUUGUUAUAAUUUCUACCAAUCAACUUCAACAAAAUUAGCAGGAGAAAACUACUACUUUUACGUUGGAGAGGACAUGGGCAUUGGCACAUCAUGGAACAUACUAAGACCAGAGACUAUUGAGUCACUUAUGUACCUUUGGCGUUUCACUGGGAACAAAACUUACCAAGAUUGGGGCUGGGACAUAUUCCAAGCAUUUGAAAAGAAUUCUCGCAUGGAUUCUGGUUAUGUUGGACUGAAGGAUAAAAAGAUGACAAGAGAAUAUUAUUAAUGCACAAAAGAGUCAACCCAUACAGUCCGAAGAUCCAAUGUCACAAAACCAGGUGGAACUUCCUUGAUCUGAGCUUCAUAAUCAUCCAAAGUUAAGGCAUACUUGGCUAACAAAUGAUCCACCUCAUUACCAGAGCGAGGGAAUUAGGAGAGCAAAACUACACGAGCAUCUUUAACGAGAGAACGAGAAUCUUCAAGAAGAACUCCAAUCUCAUUAUGAGAAGUAUUUCUUCUGUGCAACCUCUACAUUUUACCCAAGGCAUCUCCUUCAACCUUGAAGCCAUGGAAAUCAAUAUCUAGCCCAACUUCAAUGCAUUCUCUGACUGUUGAAGCUUCAAUAGUUUUGCUUUUGAAAUAUUUCUGCAUUCUUAGCAAUGGAUGCCAAAACUUUUCAUCUUUAUUUCUACAAAUUAUACCAUUUCCAUCACAACCAGUUUUAUCAUUUAAGGCUCCAUCAGAAUUUACUUUUAUUUUGCUAGAUGUUGGAGGCCUCCAUUUCUCUUUAUCUGAAUCCUUCCGAACAGACUCUCUUUAAUCCUGUUGCUGAGUCACAUAACCUAUGCAUUCCUCCACCAGUGCAUAAGCUUGAUCAACCACUUAUGUUGGAUGGGGUAAUCUAUCAUUAUAAACCAUUCCAUCCUCCCCUUCCAAAUGUUCCAGCACAAGCCAGAAUUUUCCACAAAUAAUCCUCAUCUUUGAUUGUUCUAUUCUCUGCAGCAAAUUGGACCACCAUAGCUCAAAUGACUGAACAUUUAAGAAUCUAUUUUAUUAGUCCAUAUGCCCCGCUGCUGAGUUUUAUCUAUAUGCCUACACUUGCUGUGCUUCCUUGCAACCUUGUAAAAAAUGGACACCUUUUUUGAAACAUAUACAUGAUUUCAGUGGUUUACAGUCAUUCUGUGGCUGCAGAAGAUUGGUGCACCUUUCUGGGGAUCGUAUUGCGUUGCUGGCCAGAAAUUAGUUCGGAUGCACGUCCAACUGUCCUUUAUAAACCAAACACCACUCAGUGCAUUUCAGAUCUGUAAUUGUGUCCGAGACUGCCUAUUUCAAAUCAGGCCAGGAUGGAUAUGAUGGACUUCAUGGAGUCGCUAUUCGCACAUAUUUACCUAGCCUGAUUACUUAAACGUAUGGAUCAGCCGAGUUAAUUAAGUAAUAAUCAAGCUGGGCACUAAUCCAUACUUUAGUUUUUUCUAGUUGCCUAGGCAAGAGUGCUGCUAUAUCACCCCGGUGCAUCCUUGGAAAGAGAGAAUCCAUUUUUGGUGGGAUUGUGGAGUUAGGAUCAGUGUGUAGAUUUAAUUUUUCCCUCUGUGAUUUUUCAAAAAAAUGGGAUUUAUAGCCUUUUUCAGGGUUCUUUUGGGGACACAACAUUUUCCUGUAAGUAAUUAUGUCUAGAUGGAUAUAUCCAUUUUUGCUCAACCUGUACCUAGCUUGAUUCCUUCACGUGGUCUGGAGACCAGGUCAUCAUCAUAUGGAGGUGCAUCUCUCAUUCAACUUGGCUUAUAAGACCUGUAUUUUCCAAUUUAAUGCUGGCGAUCAUAUGACUAUCGUUUGUGUCUGACCAUCUAGCAUAGUCAUCGUCUUAUCUAAAUAGCACUGCACCCUCUGAAACUACAUGACAUGUGCAAUGGGCAUGAUUUUAACUUGUUUGUUCUACAUACUUCCUAUUACUUUGGAUCACUGGAUGCUGUGUAAUCUUUUGCUUUUGGCUUUGUGUAUUUUGUAGCUUGAUUUUGCGGUAAAUUUUUAUGUUUAGAUAUCUUUAUACCUCAUUAUAAGAGCCCCCGUCUGAGCAACUAUCAAGUUUGUUUUCACUGCCA